AUAUUCUCCACAAGCGUUCGCUGUUGUGCAUUUUUGUUUUACACUAUUCCGAUAAGCUAUUUUCUCAUUGUCAUAACACACGGAGGAAAAUGGCAACUCGUGUGCGCGCUGGCAGUCCCCAGUUCAGAUCGAUGUUAUAGGCGCGACCAUGAGCUGAACAUGGGAUGUUUUUUAUUCAGUUGCAGUAACAGAGAGCGACAUGCUUUAGAGCUUUAGACACAUUUGCAUUGCUUCUUCUCCACGGACCGGCUGUGCAUCGCUGGAUGAGCAUUGAACAUUCAAGCUGACCAUUGUUAUAUGGAAUAGUGCACGUGUAGUAUUAUAAACACACACAGAAAAAUAUAUUUAUGCGCUGAUAGAUUUACAUAGAGCGGCUCAUCUGGCUUUCCUAAGUUUCUUUCUUUUUUUUUUAAAACAUCCUUUUUAAUUAUUUAUUACACCCAUAUAUUCGUGGGGAUAGCAUCGGAAAAUGAGUGAACAGAGUAUAUGUCAAGCCCGAGCUUCGGUGAUGAUCUAUGAUGACACCAGCAAAAAAUGGGUGCCAGUUAAACCAGGCCAGCAGGGCUUCAGCCGCAUCAACAUCUACCACAACACUGUCAACAACAGCUUCCGCGUUGUGGGAGUCAAACUGCAGGACCAACAGGUCGUUAUAAACUACUCCAUUGUGAAGGGUCUGAAAUAUAACCAGGCCACGCCAACUUUCCACCAGUGGCGUGAUGCACGGCAAGUUUAUGGGCUGAACUUUGCCAGCAAAGAGGAGGCCACCACAUUCUCCAAUGCCAUGCUCUUUGCUCUCAAUGUGCUGAGCUCUCAGGAUGCAGGUCCAGCGCCACAUCGUCAGAAUGGACCGGUGACAGAUGAUGCAGAGGCUCAGAGGAGGCAAAUAAUGGAACAGCAUCAGAUGCAGAUGGAGAGGGAACGGCGAACAUCUGGCUCAGCAGUCUCCACCCUUCAGUUUAAAGUGUCCGCAUCUGCCUCUCAGUCCGAACCCCCUCUGCAUGAUCUCAGACAAUAUCGGGCUAACACUCUUCCCCCUUCCUAUGCUCACCUUAUCACCAUGGCACCUUCCCAUGACGCCUCCUAUUCCUCUCAGGAACGGGAGAGUGGCUAUCGCACCGUGGACUCCGCACAAAAAAAGGCACAGCAGCUUUCCCAGCUUUCAACUUCUCUGGCUUCUGCUUUCUCUCCUGUACAACCAGGGGUCACCCCUUCACCACGCAACAUCAAGCAAAUUCCUCUUUCCCCUCCAACCGCCCCCCACCAUCAGGAACUAUCCCUAGCUUCCAAACACGCAACUUGGUCCUCAGCCCACAUGCACACCCCAUUACCCACUGCAUCGCCCCCCGUUGUCAUGGCUGUGCCAGUCAAACCGCCCUGCCCUCAACCAGUCCUACCUUUCGCCCUCCCCCUGCCACCCCUCAACAAUGGUCCUACCUGUGGCCCUAAAGCACCUACUAACAUUUCCCACUUGGAACCUGUAACAUACCCACAGCAGUCCUCCAAUGGCCAGCGGGAGGAAUACUACCCUUACCAGACCCCUCCUGCCCAGGUCACCUCUGGAGCUCCACUGCAUCCACACUGUCCAAUACAAGAAUCGUCCUGCCCCCUACCCCCUCUUGUUGGCCAGCCUGUCCAAGGCCAGGCCCACCACCCACAGCAACUAUACCAUGCCACGCCCCCAUUAGAAACCACAGCCACCUCUCACACCACUCUAUCUGAAGGGGCCACCCCCAAGACGUCUCCCUCACCUGUUUAUCAGAAUGCUGCUGCACCCACCAGUUCUCCCGUCCCUCCCUCCAUGCUCUCAUCCACCCCUCCAAUUCAUCCUCCUAUCUCAGCAUCCAUGGUAGGUCCGCCAGCCCCUCCACCCCCUCCUGGGCCUCCCCCACCGGUGCCGCCACCUCCUGUUACAGCUCCCCCUCCCACCCCACCUCCACUGCCGGCUGGUGGAGGUGCUGCUCCGUCAGGGCUGGCAGCAGCUCUAGCUGGGGCCAAACUGCGCAAAGUGCAGAGGCCUGAGGAAAGCGGUAGCAAGAACGAUGCCAACCGCUCUAGUGGAGGCAGUGGAGGAGGUGGAGAAGGUCUCAUGCAGGAGAUGAAUGCCCUUUUAGCACGAAGGAGAAAGGCGUCAGAGAAACCAGAGGACAGUCAAAAUGAUGAGUCCAACGGGUCGCCUUCAUCUGCCUCACGUGGUUUAGGCCCACAAAAUUCAGCAGAUCCUGUGAAGAAGCUAUGGGAGCGAGCAAACUCUGCAGAUAAGUCCUCAGCUGUGUCAAGGGCAAAACCUAUUGGAAGCACCAGUGAUGCUGAGUCAAUUGACUUUGACAGAAUGAAACAGGAAAUCUUGGAAGAGGUUGUGCGGGAGUUGCAGAAAGUAAAAGAAGAAAUAAUUGAUGCCAUUAGACGGGAACUGCUAAGAAUUGGUUCCACAUAGUCUUCUGAAAUGUCAAAGACAACGACUGAUGAUGACUGAAGGUUCGGGGACGUACAGAAAAAGCGCACUAGAAAAAGUUCUUGCAGCAUGUCUGCAACAUUACGGAAAAUUUGCUAUUCGGUUGCAGAAAUGUUGUGCAGAAACAAGACAUUACUGAGAAAGAAAAGAGAAAGCAAAGACAUGAAAUGGAGUGAGUGAGUGAUUAUGUGAAUGGAUGAGUGAAUGAACAAGCAGAUGGAAAUAUAGACCUUCACACUGAAUUUUCUAUUUUCUCCGGUAUGAACGUUGAGACAGUCCACUGUGCAGCUUGCUGCUCUCGCUCUUUCAAGUCUUACAGUCAACAAGUUUGAAAAUGAAUGAAGAUAUUUUUGUUUUCUAAGUUUGUACUGUUUUAUUGAUUCAUUGGUUAUUGUUAUUAUUGUUAAGAAUUGUAUUAUAUUAAAUAAGAGAGAUACAAAGUUGCACGACAGUUAUUGCCAGCCUUUUUAUAUUUUAUAUUACUAUUCUUAUUCUUUGGUUUUCAGUUUUAAAGUAGAACACACAAUUGUGCUUAACUGCAGCAAUUUACUGCAUAAUUGAAGCAGUUUCUGAUGCGUUUUAUUUGGAUUUUUUGGCCAAUGCAGAAGUUCACUACAUUCAACUUUUAGUUUUAUUUGAUUUGGUAUGAAGUAAUAUAUAAACACUCUUUCAGUAAGCUCUAGAGAUGGAGUAUACUGAAAAUUAACUGGCUUAAAAUAUUCACUAAAUUUUUUUAACCCACAAUGUAUCCUGAUUUAAUUUAUUUUAUCUUGAUUUUAUAAGUUGUUGACAUUUGGAAGAACUGACAACUGAAUUAAACAACAUGAACAUUGAAUUUGUCACAGUGAAUGUAAGAUUGUUGAUAGAAUUAAAUAAACUUUAAAGGAUUAUUCCGGGUUCAAUACAAGUUAAGAUCAUUCGACAGCAUUUGUGGCAUAAUGUUGAUUACCAUAAAAAUUAUUUCAACUCGUCCCUCCUUUUCUUCAAAAUAAGCAAAAAUCGAGGUUACUGUGAGGCACUUACAAUGGAAGUGAAUGGGGCCAAUUUUUGGAGGGUUGAAAGGCAGAAAUGUGAAGCUUAUAAUUUUAUAAAAGCACUUACAUUAAUUCUUCUGUUAAAACUUGUGUAUUAUGAGCUGUAAAGUUGUUUAAAUCGUCAUUUUUUACAGUCGUUUUAGGGUGUUUACAUUACGUCAUUGUAAAAUUGGCUAAAACUUUACACAGAAAAGGUUGGUAAGUGAUUUUAUCACACUAAAUCAUGUCAACACACAUAUUAUGUCUUGUGGCUAUACUUUUGAAACAGUAUUUUAACAGUUACAGAUUGGCCCCAUUUACUUCCAUUGUAAGUGCCUCACUGGAACCCAGAUUUUUUGAUUUUUGCUUUUUUUUUUUUUUUUUUAUUAAAGGAAGGACAAGUCAAAAUACAUUUUUGUGGUAACCAAUAUUAUGCCACAAAUGUUGUCGAUUGAGCGAAAAUUCAAUGUACCCAUAUUCAAAUUCAUCAUUCAGUCAUUGCAAGA